CGCCGCCGGGGUCUCUCCGCCGUGAAGGGGCGACGAGCGGGGCGGUGUGUCCCUUGCGCUCGGUCCUGCCCCCCUCCCUCCCUUCCUUCCUUCCUUUUCUUCCUCCUCCUCCUCCUUCUCCUCCUCCUCCUUCUCCUCGGAGCGGAGAUGUGCGAGACCCAGGCGGGGGGAGUCGCCUCCUAGACCGGCAGCCAGGAUGGUGCACCUGCGGCCCCUGCCCCUCGUCGUGGUCCAGGGCCUCCUCCAGCUCGUAUUUUGUGACGCUAAUCAAGUCGUACAGGCCACAGACGUGCUGGACUGGGAAGACAAAGAAGCUGCAGAGACAUUGGUUGACAACGUGGUCCACUCCAGGAUCAUCAAUCCUUUGCGCCUCUUCGUUAAGCCAUCUCCGGUUCUGAAGCACGGCCAGGUGUCCUACUCGGACAGCAUAGAAAAUUUUUGGGAUUGGUUGUCCAACAUCACGGAGGUUCAGGAAUCUCUGGCACGAACUAAACGCAGACCUAUAGUAAAAACUGGGAAAUUCAAGAAAAUGUUUGGAUGGGGCGACUUCCACUCUAACAUCAAAACUGUUAAGCUGAACCUCCUGAUCACAGGGAAAAUCGUCGAUCACGGCAAUGGGACCUUCAGCGUUUAUUUCCGACAUAACUCCACGGGUCUGGGAAACGUUUCCGUAAGCCUGGUGCCACCUUCCAAAGUGGUUGAGUUCGAAUCGUCUCCCCAGUCAACACUGGAGACCAAGGAAUCCAAGUCCUUCAACUGCCGAAUCGAGUACGAAAAAACAGACCGCGCUAAAAAAACUGCCUUGUGCAAUUUUGACCCUUCAAAGAUCUGCUACCAAGAGCAGACUCAAAGCCAUGUCUCCUGGUUGUGUUCCAAACCCUUUAAAGUGAUCUGCAUUUACAUUGCUUUCUACAGCGUAGAUUACAAACUGGUGCAGAAGGUCUGUCCUGAUUACAACUACCAUAGCGAGACUCCGUACCUGUCCUCCGGCUGAUACAACAAUCCUGGGCAACUCUAGAGAUACAGCAGCAGGCAUAGAAAUAAGCAUUUCCAUUAACCUUUUGGAGAAGAAUUAUGUUUUCCUAUCAGGUUAAGAAGUCUUCGGGAAAAAAAAUAAAAUGUAGCUGUGUGUGUGCUGUAUCGUAAAUAAUCACACUCUUUACGUAACAACCACUUUCAUUUGAGACCAUUGCGUUUUCGCUCUCUUCAUUAAUAAGGGAACUGCCAGGCAGACACAUGACAAAAAUGAAACAAAAUUAUGUCUGUAAUGAGCACCGAUCUUGCAAAUCACUUUUUUUUCAACUAGAUUCUAUGGCAGAGGGGUUGUCUUUUACUUAAACUGGCCAGCACUUGGCAGGAUCCUAUUUCUCAUUGGGAACUUUAAAAGAUGACAAUAUAAAGAACAAAUGAUUAAGCAGACUCCCAGCUGCUUAUAUAAAAAAAUCCAAAUGAACAGCUCUCCCACUAUUUUCAUGAGGAAUGUUACCCACACAGGGCUCAAGGGUCAAGUCCAAAUACUAAGAGAAAGUGCUAUUUCUAGGACACAAAAAAAAGGAAUCUGCAUUUCUAUGAGUUGUAGUAGUUGUACGCAGUCAUUGAAGUGAAGAGUGAGUAGUUCUUCCUUCAGACUUCUUCCCCCACAGAUAUGCAAUGAUCUAAUUAGACAUUGAUGAGCUUUAGUUUAUUAGAGCCACCAAGUGGGCAGGUUUGGUGUACGUUGCCUUCCUUCUGUGGUCAUCGUUGGUUUUGGUUCGUCUCAAGCGUUUGCAUCUACACCAGCUCUAGUUUUACAGUGGUGGAGAUCGUACCCACCUUGGAGAAAAGAUAAUCUCUGUUUAAGUCUGAUGACAACAGGGACUGGCUUCCACCUACAGGAAGCAUUUCCCUUGCUCUCUUACCCCUCUGAGCACUGUCUUGCUGCAUGGAAAAUACACCACAGCAUUCAGGAUGAUACCUGAAUAAGCUUCUGCUUAAUGGCACCCAAUCGUCUUCCUUAGUAUCGCGUUGCGGACCUUAACUCAAAAUACAAGCAAUGACAAUGUGCCCUUGUGGCCAAGAGGGCCAAUGGCAUCCU